AUGCUACCCCAACAUAUUCACGACAGAGAGUACAGACCUGGAUGGUACUUAAAAGAAAAAUUUUACGGAUGGCUCCGGUUGAUAUUUUCUGAAAAAACUUCUAGAAAUAUAUUUUUGUUCCUUUUAUUGAAUCUUUCGUUCGCAUUUGUGGAAUUAAUCUAUGGUGUUUGGACUAAUAGUCUUGGCUUGAUUUCUGAUUCCUUCCAUAUGUUCUUUGAUUGUACUGCAUUAUUAGCCGGACUUAUUGCUUCAGUUAUAUCAAGAUGGAAAUCAACAGAAACCUUUUCAUAUGGAAAAUUAUUUUUCAUCUUCUCUGAAGCUGUUGAGAGAGCUGUUGAACCUCCUGAAGUGAAACAUGAAAGACUCUUCACUGUGUCUGUGAUGGGAUUUCUUGUCAAUUUAGUUGGAAUUUUUGCUUUCCAACAUGGCCAUGCUCAUGGAGGAAAUGAUCAUGGCCAUUCUCAUUCACAUGGACAUAGUCAUGGAUUUGGCCUCCAAGAUGAAAAAGAUCACAAUCAUGAGCACAACUAUAAUCAACAUCAUGGUCAUAGUCAUGACCAUGGACAUAGUCAUGACCAUGGUCAUAGUCAUGAUCAUGAUGAGGGAAAGAGUCAUAGUCAUGAAAGCUCUUCUAAAAUUUCACAGAAACAAAUAAUGCAAGGGGUGUUUUUGCAUAUUCUUGCUGACACACUGGGUAGUGUGGGAGUAAUUAUCUCCUCUGGCUUGAUCCAUCAAUUUGGUUGGAUGAUAGCUGAUCCUAUUUGUUCCAUGUUUAUAGCAACAUUGAUUGCCAUCAGUGUCUUACCCCUUUUGAAAGAAUCAGCUGGAAUUUUAAUGCAGAGAACACCUAAACAGUUAGAUUCACUUUUACCAGGAUGCUAUCAAAGAGUUAGUCAAAUUGAAGGUGUCUAUGGAGUACAAGAACCACACUUUUGGACAUUGUGUAGUGAAGUCUACAUUGGAACAUUAAAACUUGAAGUUGCAGAAGAAGCAGAUGCCAAAUAUAUUCUUAGUCAAACUCACAACAUCUUUACACAGGCUGGAGUGCGUCAACUUUAUGUCCAACUUGAUCACAAACCAAUGUAA